UAUUUUCUUCACACUUUAAUUAAUUUAUUUAAUUUUUUAUUCGUGGGGUUUUAACAGAUGAAAAAAUCAUUAAGUCAUUUCACUUCACAUGACGAUUGCACUCUGCCUGACGAUUUUUUCGACUGACGUACGAUUUUUUUCCUCUCAGUCAUUCCCCGCAAUGUGGAAAUAAGUGAUAAAUAGAAAAUGAACAAAAGUAAUUAUUUCUCGGUGAUUAUCGUAGGCCGUUUAAAAAUAGAUUUUUGAAUUUAAACCAAAGUUGCCUUUGACGUUGGCAGGAGCAAUAAAUAAUGAAAUAGCAUUGGCUCUCCAAUAGACUCGAUAACUGAAGUUUUCCUUCUUCACGAUUAUUGACUAAUGGGAGAUGAUCGCUCGUUCUCUUCCUUUUUUGUCUUCACGUGGUUCUCGGGACUUCCCCGUACUUUCUGUAAACUUUUCAGAUGCGUGAUAACACAAAAAUUAUUCUCCAUUUUCAAGUAAAUCAAGUGGUAGAGGGGGUAUUGUUAAUAAAUGCAUAUUUUACCAUUACGUAAUUAAAAACCUCCCCCUCCCCCCUACCCUAUCGAAGUCAUUGCGGAGCAAUUGAAGAUUCAAUUAAUCCCUCAGUUGAAUUUCGGUGAAAUGCCGAUCCAGUGAUCCGCCCUGAGAAUUAAAAUCGUUCUCGGUGCUUAUGUCGAGUCACAAGUGGAAAAGCGAGAGACUGCGCACAUUUUCCAGGAAAAUCGCAGAUUGAGGGGAUUUCCACACGUUCGAUGGAAUUCUCUUAGUUAAUUAAGUUUUUUAGUAGAAUCUUUAAUUGUGAUGUGAUUUUUUAAUAAAUAGUCGGUUAAAACCUUUGGAAUUCCAUGACCUUUGUAAUAGGCAAUAAUUGCAUGCGGUUGUACACUCGCAAUUGUCGCUUAUCGUCCUCAUAGUGCAAUCGAGUAUUCAAGCGACAACACGAAAAUAUCAUGCAGCCUACCGCUCUUUUGUUUGUUAUUCUAUCAAUUUUUAUGGGAUACGCCUGGACUGAUAAUAAAGAUGCAGAUGCAGAUGAAGUGAGAGUUUUUUCGCGGGAAAUUUCGAAAUUGGCGACGACCGGUCAUUUUUCCGCCAAAUUGAAAAAGAUAAUUGAUAAAUUGGCAUUCCCUAAGGAUUGGUAUGAAGACCCCCACGUGGUUUUCGAUGAAGUUGAUUAUUCAACAAGUUGUAGUGCUUGCAAAGCUUUUGCUGCAAGUUUCAUCGAAUUGACAGAGAAUGGAACAUGUGCGGAAAAAAUUAAUAAAGCACUCAUUAAAAUUUGUGUUCGCAUGAAUAUACAGACUGAAAGCGUUUGUCGUGGAUUUAUAGAACUAAAUGCGCCGGUGUUCACCUGGAUUGUCCAGCACAAUUCAAUAGUCACCGAAGACGAUUUCUGCGCAGUUCCUCUGCAAAACUCUGAUUGUGGGUCUCUACCUACGAGAUUCGAGUGGACAGUGAAGAUUGACGAUAACGAGCCGAAAUUACUGGACAAAAAGCGAUCGAAUAGUCAUUUUAAAAUAGUUCAUGUAUCAGAUAUUCAUUAUGAUCCACUGUACGAGCCCUUUGGAAAUGCCGAGUGCGAUCAGCCCGAAUGCUGCAAAAGGGGACAGGGAACAUCUCCACCUGGAGCAGCACCCGCUGGAUAUUGGGGGGAUUACCGAUCAUGUGAUACCCCCUGGCACGCUGUUCUUGAUGCUCUGGAUCACAUAACCAAUACUCAUUCGGACGCACAAUUUAUUUAUUACACUGGUGACAUCGUGGAUCAUGGUGGAUGGGAGACAACACGUCAAGGGAAUAAACAAAUUAUAUUAGAUGUUUAUAAGACCAUGAAGAAGACAUUUGGGGAAACCCCCGUGUAUCCUAUCAUCGGCAAUCACGAGGCCAAUCCUUUGAACAUAUUUGCGCCUGCAACAAUCGAUGAUGAAGAAAUAUCAACAAAGUGGUUGUAUGAAUUAUUAGCAGAUAUUUGGAUUGAUUCUGGGUGGCUCCCAGAGUGCACCAGAGACACAAUCCUCAAAGGCGGAUACUAUACGGUUUCUCCGAAAAAAGGAUUUCGAAUAAUUGGACUUAACAAUAACGUAGCCUACACCAGCAAUUGGUGGCUUAUCCACGAGCCUAAUGAUUUAGGCGGUCAACUUAAAUGGCUGGCAGAUACACUGCUGGAAGCUGAAGAAAACAGCGAAUUCGUUCACAUUAUCACCCACGUACCCUCGGGGAGUUCCGACCAGCAGAGCACCUGGAGUCGAGAGUACCGGAGGAUCAUCAAUCGAUUUGCAAACAUAAUUACCGGACAGUUCACUGGUCACACUCACAGGGACGAGUUCAAUAUUUUUUAUGACCCGCAGGAUUUCUCCAAAAUUAUUAAUGUCGCUUGGAAUGGCGGCAGCAUAACCACUUGGGCUUUUGUUAAUCCUAAUUACCGAACUUGCACAAUCAACAGUAAAACCUACGAAGUGGAAGACGUAGAUAAUUGGAUGUACAAUAUGACAGAAGCGAAUUUAACUCCUGACGAACCACCGAAUUGGGUAAAAUCCUAUAGCUUCAAGGAUGAAUAUGGCCUUGAAGAUCUGUCUUAUAACAGCAUCCGUGAUUUAAUAAUUGAACUCUCCAAAGAAGGUCCCAAGGCAACAAUUUAUCACAGACACAUGAGCAAAGAUGCGAAACUCGCCUGGAAACCGUGGGACUGCGAUGCAAAAUGUGCCCUAGAAAAUGCCUGCAGAAUUGUUACUAGUGCUAGCACUAAUAACACGGAUUGUAAUUACCUUGAAAAUCUCACGUCUUGAGAAAGAAAAAGGUGUAAUCGUAAUGCACAGUGAUUCCAUGAAUUAAUGAUGCAUUUUAAAAUCAUUAAUAAUAUUAAUAAUAAUAUACAUUUCCCAUGAAAAUCAAAAAAUAUUUAAAUUGUUUUGCUGUCAGUAAUUAUAAUUAUAAUUACGUAAACUAAAUUGUCGUUGGGUAAAUAGAUUUGUUAACAUUCAUUAA